GAGUACCGUACUCACUAUAUUCUGACGUUGCGAAGCAACAAACUCGUGCUUUUCAGCAGUCGACACGAUCCCCAUAUAGGAGCCGAUCAAUGGUUCUCAUUGACAAGUUUAAGACACUUGUUGGACGCAAUGUCGGCUCGCGCGCUGGGAGCGCACUUACAACAUCGUCAAAGGCAGCUCCCCCCACAUUUGUGGAAGCGUGGAAUCAGGCCAAAGCAAUGACCAGCAAACUCUUCGAGGAGCGAGAAUGGCAGUGUCCGUGCGGACACAAGUUUCGCGCGGCUGGAGAAUGGGUUGCCUGCGCACCCAUCUAUUGUGAAGUUCCCUCGUGCCCCAACCCGAAGUACUACAUUGAUGGCCCUGGCCGUGCACUCCUGGAAGCCAACCCAUCUGGGGUCAAACUUGAGGAAGUUAACAGCUCUAAUAGUUCUGGUGUCACUGGUGCGUCGAGCGGUAAGAAGACGGGCGGGGUGGGGUCUCGUUUCCGAUAA